CCGUGUUCGGAAAGGGAAGAGGGAGAGGGUUGCAGCCAGUCGUAGGGAUGACCAGCGUAACGUAGACUCGGAGGUUGGGACCACCGGAAUUGCUGGAGUCGUGACCGCCGUUUGCAUGAAGCUGGAAGUUAGCGAUGAGUGGUGUGUCGACAUUUUCCGAUUCCUCCAGCCGCAGGAGGAGAGAGGCCGCCGAAGCUUCCACAUGUUGGUGCAAGGCGGCAACAGCUGGUGCGGCGGGUGGAAGUCGAUUAAGUCAUCCUUUGGUAACUCUAUGGUGAAAGUGCAUGGACAGCGGAAACGACUUCAUGACUGCAAGCGAUGGAUUGAGCAAGGCGCUGAUGUGGAGUUUUGCCAUCUAAGACUCUGGAAACCCAAAGCCGGACCAGACAAGAGAUUUCUCAUUUCUAUCUUGCGAAACCCCGGCCUCCUGGCGAAGUUGUCCGAUUGCAACCUGGAGGUACUGGUACGUUUGAUGGAUGCAGCUAAAGAUUUCCUACGUCCUUCGACUACAGCCUACCUUCGAAGGCAUAUAACGCACGCUAUCAAGCAGUCCUUUGGGUGGUGUAUCAAUUCUAGGAUUUUAGUCCGGUUGAAGUACGAUGAUCGUAUUAAGGUCGUAGAGGUUAGGAAGUUGUUGAAUGAUAAGAUCGAGUGCUUAGACAUCCCUACCUGCAUCAAGAACACCGCACGUAGUGCGGUUCGGAUUGUUUGGGUUAAAAACCCAUCGGUCGCGGACCUAUUACACAACCAGCGCGCUUUUGCACACGCUGACGUGUCAACCUGUACUUGUGCAGGUUCUAUCUACCCAAAGGUAGGUGGCCACGUGCAGGUGCGGCUGCAGGACAUCGAGGGUGUACACCCUCUCAUCUUGAAUGCCAACAAUGUUCUGAAGCAGGCCCAUCCCGAUCGUUGCUACCAACUGAUGAAGGAGAUGGAGUUGGGCUUGGACUCUUGGGCCAAUCGGCGAGGCGCUACUCCAGCCAUCCACCUAGCGGAAGUUCAGAGGUGCAUGGUUGCGCCACCGGCGUGUGGGGAUAAGUACCUCGACGUGAAAGAUGUCCGAAGACUUAGUGCACAGUUGUCAGGUCUGGUCUUGACGCCGUUGGACCGGAAUCCCGGCGAAACCUUAGUGCUCUGCCCGAAGUUGUACUACGAAGCUAUGAUGAAUCUGUUUGUUUGCUCUUCAGGCUAUGUUAUUGAGCAGCAGGAGGAGACGGCCAUACAUGCGACGAUGGUUGAGGACCUGCGCGCACAGGGACUGUUGCGAUUUGCACGAUGGGAUAAGUGGGUGGCCUUGGAGAAAAGCGAGUUCUUCUUGUCGGAGAUCUCAUUCUUGGGGUAUAUCGUCACGGUCGAUGGACUAAAACCGGAUCCGAGGAAGGUGGCAGCAGUUCAAGACGCCCCGGCGCCGGUCACACUCAUCCAGGUUCGGGCUUUUCUAGGGCUGGCAUCCUAUUACCGACGCUUCAUCAAAGGGUUCGUCGGCAUAGCGAAGCCCCUCACGAACCUGCUGAAGAAAGAGGAACAGCUGAUCUGGACGCCGGAAUGCGAAGCGGCGUUUCAGACGUUGAAGGAGGCUCUGACAUGUGCUCUUGUGUUGGCGCGCCCCGACCCGACAAGACCGUUCGCACUGUACACAGACUGGCAGCCUCAGGCGAUAUCGGCGGUGCUGACUCAGCACGGUAAGGACGGAAGGGAGCACGUCAUUGAGUAUGCGUCCAAGACGUUGAGCCAGGCGCAGGCUAAUUACGAAGCGUGCAAAGGUGAAUGCCUGGCGGUGGUGUGGGGGAUUCAGCAUAUCCGACUGUAUCUGUACCGCCAGAAAUUCGUGCUGGUAACGGAUCAUCAACCGCUGCUGUCCCUACGCAACAACACGGACUACACGGGGACGCUGGGCAGGUGGGUGGUGCGUAUGCAAGACUAUGACUUCGACAUCCGCCACCGUGCCACGCGGCAGCAUGGUAACGCCGAUGGAUUAAUGCGCCUUCUGCCGCCCAACAAGUGUCCCGCCAAAGAGCGACUCAUUCCGUGGAGGCCAGAAGUCGCGGCGACGAAACCGCACUACGGGGAGCUACACGUGCUGCGUAAGGACGACGCCUGAGUCCGGAAUGGAGGUUUCAUCGGAGAUGACCGACGCUAUGUCUCUGCCCUCAUCCCACUACCUCG